AUGGGCAUUGUCGCUGAAAAAUUACAGAAAAAAUCAACAAUUGUUGAUUUUUUCUGUAAUUUUUCGGCGACAAUGCCAAUUCCGACGAAUUUUUUGGCAUCUGUAGUAACUCCGACAACUUUUCCGGCAACGACCGCUACUUUGGUGAUUUUUCCAGCACCGGUAGCAAACUCUGACAAUGGAAACUUCGUCCUUAGAGAUGUUACUUCAGGUGAAAAUUUGUGGCAGAGUUUCGAAAAUCCAUGUGAUACAUUCUUAUCUGGCUCCAUUUUGGGUUUCAAUCUCAAAACAAGAGAAGAUUACAAGCUAACUUCAUGGGAAAGUGAAAAUGAUUCGUCACCUGGAAAUUUUACUUUGGGAAUCAGAAAGAAAACACCUCCUGAAAUUGGGAUUUGGAUUAAUAAUGGAUCUAAAUCUACGAUUUACUCGAAAAAUGGACCUUGGAAUAAAUUGAGGUUCACUAGUAAUGGCAACCCAAAGAUAUAUUCUUUGUAUAAGACUCCAUUCAACUUAGUCGAAAAUGUAGACCAAGGAACAACAUAUUUCAACAACUCGAUUUUAUAUCUUUCACUAAAUGGAAUAGUGAUGGUUCUGAUGAAAGAUAAAGGUGAUUAUGGGAAUGUAUAG